AUGUCAACCUUGCUGAAUGAGGACAUGUUGAAAGCAGCUCAGCGCUUAAGCCAGCGUACCAAGCACUUGUUGGCCAAGCGGCAGAAGUUGCAAGACGAGAUGCUUGAAAGCUGGUCAAGACGUAUGUCAGUGCACCAGGAGGAGAGCCAUGCUGAGUCUGUCUCUGAAGGAUUGGGUUCCUUGAUAUAUUUAUUGGAGGAUCGAGAGCUGAAGGAAACACCUCAGGACGAAGUGACACCGGCCGAGUUGCUGAAUAUCCUGCACUGCACGGCGGCACGCGUCUUCAAGCAUCGGAAAUCACAGGUCUUCGAUUGGGCGAUGAUGGGUUUGAGUGACAUGGACAAGAUGGUCUCUGAAGCCGUGCUGUCCGAACAGGCAGCAAGAGCUCCCGAAGAAGUCCAGGUCGUGUCGGAAUUGGAGGUGGAGAACCGAGACUUGCUACCCUCGUUGCCAGUCGACAGCCUCAUUGAGCAGAAUAUGGAGCCUCCAAGUGACUUGUUGCAGAGCAUGGAGGAGUUGGCUGCGGUGCUGGACUCUUCGGCUCACGAGCCCAACGACCCCAACGACCUGUCGCUGGCCCCGUUGACCUCCUCGGUAUGGCCGUCUCCAGCGGCGGAAGCGAAGGUAGAGAACUUGCAGGAGCCUGCUGCUCCAGCGGAGAAUGACACUAGGCCAGCUGUGUUUGGCGCAACACUAGCUUGA